CUUGCAUGUGAUCCUCCUUCCUUCCCCUAUUAAUUCCUCUCUUCCCUGCCAAACAUUUUCUCUACUCUGAGUCCUCUCCAUUUACCUGAAUCCAUAACUCUCUCUCUCUCUCUCUCUCUCUGGGGUCGAUCAUCAUAGUGCAACAUUUUCUGAAAUUAUGAUACCUCUUGGGCAGGAAACGAGCAUGACAAACACUCCACCCAACAUUCUACUCUCUAAUCUGAAUCGCCCCGAUCAGAAUGGUUUGGUUCAUGCCGAACCCUCUGCUUCAUCAAGGACUAAUGUGAACCCAUGUUUGGGUGAUGACAUGACGGACCAGCCCCAACCAACCUCUCACAGAGCUUCCAUUUUGCACCAAUCAUUGCGCCCGGUAACACUCAAGUUUGAAGAUGUCGGAUACAGUAUUAAGCUGCAAACAGCAAAGGGAGGUUGUGUUGCUUCACAUGAGCCAAAACCAACACGCACUGUACUCAACGGAGUGAGCGGAAUCGUUCGACCCGGUGAGCUACUCGCAAUGUUGGGGCCAUCCGGCAGCGGUAAGACCACUCUCUUGACCGCCCUGGGCGGCCGCUUGCCGAAUAAAAUCUCCGGCAAGAUAACAUACAAUGGCCAAAAUUUCUCAAGCUCCAUGAAGCACAACACCGGCUUCGUGACGCAAGAUGACGUCUUGUACCCUCACCUCACUGUUCUUGAGACCCUAACCUACACUGCCUUGCUAAGGCUGCCCAAGCAGCUCACAAAGGAAGAGAAAAUAGAGCAAGCUGAGACGGUGAUAAUGGAGCUCGGGUUGAACCGGUGUCGUGAUGGUAUAAUUGGUGGGCCUUUACUACGUGGCGUUUCAGGUGGUGAGCGAAAACGGGUCAGUAUCGGGCAGGAGAUGCUUGUCAACCCGAGCCUUUUGCUUUUGGAUGAGCCCACUUCUGGGCUCGACUCCACCACGGCCCAGCGUAUCAUUGUCACGUUGCGGCGGUUGGCCCGUGGUGGACGGACGGUGAUCACCACCAUCCAUCAGCCGUCAAGUAGGCUGUACAGGAUGUUUGAUAAAGUGGUGGUGCUGUCGGACGGGUACCCAAUUUAUAGCGGACAUGCAGGUCGGGUCAUGGAUUAUUUUGGGUCCAUUGGAUACGAGGCCGGGUUCAAUUUCAUCAACCCGGCUGAUUUUUUGCUUGAUCUUGCUAACGGUAUAGCACCUAAUGCUAAACAAGAUGAGCAAGUAGAGUAUAGUGGCAGAUUAGACCACCAAGAAGAACAAAACACAACCAAGCAGUUCUUAAUAUCUUCCUAUAAAAUGAAUCUAUACCCUGCAUUGAAGAUAGAGAUUCAGCAAACUCAGAAAGACACAGUUGUUUCUUCUUCAAGAAUACCAUCAUCCAGAGGUAGAGGAAAUUAUCAAUGGACCACCAGCUGGUGGGAGGAAUUUAGGGUUUUGCUGGAAAGGGGUUUAAAAGAGAGGAAGCAUGAAUCUUUCUCAGGCUUAAAGAUUUUCCAAGUCAUGUCAGUUUCAAUUCUUUCCGGUCUUUUCUGGUGGCAUUCUGACAUUUCACAUAUACAAGAUCAGGUGGGACUUCUUUUCUUCUUCUCCAUAUUUUGGGGUUUCUUCCCUCUAUCCAACGCUAUAUUUUCAUUCCCCAUGGAAAGACCAAUGCUGAUAAAAGAACGUUCCUCGGGCAUGUACCGUCUCUCAUCCUAUUAUUUUGCGCGAACUGUCGGUGAUUUGCCAAUGGAGCUUGUGCUCCCAACAGUCUUUAUAACGAUAAGCUAUUGGAUGGGGGGUCUCAAGCCUUCACUGGUCACAUUUGCACUAACCCUCUUCAUUGUUCUUUACAAUGUGCUAGUCUCUCAAGGCCUAGGGCUAGCACUAGGAGCCAUUCUAAUGAAUGUGAAGCAAGGCACAACUCUGGCUUCUGUGACAAUGCUGGUGUUUUUACUUGUCGGUGGAUAUUACAUUCAGCACAUUCCGCCUUUCAUAGCUUGGUUGAAGUACGUUUCCUUCAGCCACUACUGCUACAAGCUUCUCGUGGGAGUGCAGUACUCGGCACAUGAGGUUUAUGAGUGUGAGAUGGGGAUGCAUUGUAGGGUGAUUGACUUUCCUGGUAUUAAGUGUGUAGGUCUUGAUAAUAUGUGGAUAGAUGUGGCUGCAUUGGCUGUGAUGCUGGUGGGAUAUAGGUUUUUGGCUUAUAUGGCAUUGAGGAUGGGGCAACCUCACUGACUUCCUUGAAUCUUGACGAUGAUAGAUCAGAACCUGACAUGCAGCGUUGCAGCUAAAGAAUUUGAUGACGUACGUUUGGAUUUCCAAUUCAAUUGAAUAAUUGAAGGUUUUGAAUUGAUAUUGUGAACCAAGACUUCAUGCAUGCUGGAUGGAGAAAUCGUAAUUAAUUGUAUUCCUUCACAGGGAAAUUGAUAUGAUGUUAAUGUUAUUAAUUGUCAGUUUUUUUUUUUUUUUUUAAAUUGAAAUUAAAUUUGCUGAUAACAUGCCUCAUUCCAUUAGAAUGUGAAACAACAGAACUGUUAAAUAACUAGAGAGAAUUUCAGUA